AUGCGUCUUGACCCUUUCAACAUCGGCGAAUCACGGGUCAAAGUUGAAAUCAAGUUGGGUGGCCCAUUGCCGGAAAUAGUCGAGGUUGAAGAUGAGAUGGGAGGUGUUAUUCGAGUAAAUGUUGUCUAUUCGUGGCUCCCACCCCGAUGCUCUCGUUGCCAUGAAUUUGGGCAUAGAUCUGUGAGUUGCCCAUCUUCGGAAAGUGUUCCUACCGCUGCUAAGUCCCCGGUCUCGACCCUGCCUCCUACAUCCCUUGAUCCUCCAAUCACGAAAUCACGCCCAGAUCCUGUUCCACAAAAAAUGGUUGUUCUAUCUAUACCGCCUGCUACCGAACCCACAAUGGUCCCCGCCCCUUCCCCUACACUAAAUUCCCCUAGGAAGGAAGUCCCUGCACCGCGCCCCUCUUCCCCAAGCUCCAUAACCCGUGAGAAUGGGAAGCAGGUUCGAAACGUGGAUCCAUCUCUUGUUUUUGAUCCCGCAGAUGAAUUGGUCCAGGAAGCUCAGAGGUCAUUAAGGCUCCAAGAGGCUCGCACUCCAAAGAUCCCCCAGGAGUUCUCAGUGCAUCCAAUUAUUGGGAGCAUGAUUGAGACGCGAGUACGAGGGGAGCAGGAAGCAUCAUCAGUUGUUCAACGCCUUCUCCCUGGUUGGUCUUUUUCCCACAACUACUCUUCCGCUGAGCUAGGACGUAUUUGGAUAGCCUGGGAUCCUUCCGUAUCAGUUGUCACGUACUCCUCCUCUGAUCAGAUGAUUACAUGCGGGGUUUUUGUACCAGCAACAUGCCGCUAUACUACUAUCUCGUUCAUCUAUGCGCGUAAUACCUCGGGUGAACGUCGACUGCUAUGGUCUGACAUCUCUGCCCUAGCCACCAAUUGUCUCGUCACGUCCAGACCUUGGUUGUUGGUAGGAGAUUUUAAUCAGAUUCUACACCCCCACGAGCAUGCUUCCCCUUCUUCUUCAUGCUCUCUGUCGUCCGGUAUGCUUGAGUUUCAGGACUGUCUGUUCACUAGCGGCCUUUUUGAUCUCACUGCGCGAGGCCACUUUUUUACUUGGACGAACAACAAUACAGAUAAUCCCAUCACACGUAAGCUUGACCGUGCCUUGGUAAAUGAGGCCUGGCUACUUUCCUUUCCGGAGUCCUAUGCUCGAUUCGAUGCUCCUACACCUUCGGACCAUUGUCCCUGCCUCGUAGACAUGGACCCAACAAGUAUGCGACGUAGGAGAACGAGCUUCAAGUUUCUCAAACACUUGAUACAACACCCGGAGUUUCAUGACGUUGUUCGGUGUGCUUGGUUGGCCGAUUCCACAUCGGGCUCGGCCAUGUUUCAGGUUUCACAGAAGCUUAAAUCGCUCAAGCCCGUCUUGAGGGAGCUGAACCAGAGAUCUUAUAGUGGCAUUCAGGCCCGAGUGAAGGUAGCUCAUCGAGCCCUCUAG